AUCAAUAGUAACCAUGCCGACAGUCGCGAGACACUGCUACAUCCCGCACACUACAGUGUGGAAUACUAUCGAUUUCCUGUGCUGCAGACGCAGCACUGCACCUAAGAUGCAGGACAUAUAGAUGGAAACAUCAGCACCUUUUUGGAGCAACACAGUGCCACUGACUUUUUACCUCGCCGAGGUAUUGACCGGGAUCACGUGUCAUUGGAUUAACUGCGUCGUUACUGAAUCGGAUGAUACCAUGGGCAGACUGGGAUCCAACCUGUGAUAAACAAAAUGGAGCUUAUUGGACUUUACCUCUUAUUCGUGAUACUUUCAUCUCAGGUGGAUGCCGUUCUUGGGAGUGACGUUUCAACACUUUCAAGACGCGAGUUGAUAAGUUUCCUUCUCAACCAAACAGAAGCUAAUGACAAAAAGGCGUAUGACCCACGUGUUCCCCCAGAAUAUGAAAAAGAUGUCCCCACAAAUGUGACAAUAAAGCUGUUUCUCUUGAGCUUUGACUCUGUGAGUGAAACCACAAUGGAUUAUUCAGUGGAAAUUUACCUGACAAUGUCAUGGAUAGAUGAGAGACUUAUGUUCCUGAACUACUCCAACUCCAAAUGGCUUGAGAUCGACACAAAACUAAUGGCAGACGUCUGGGUACCAGACGUCUACUUUCGGAAUGAAAAAGACGCUUCUUUCCAUGAGGUUACGGUGCCUAACAAGUAUAUGCAUCUCUAUCCAGAUGGCCGAGUGAGAUACAGUAUGAGACUUUCAUUGACCCUGAGCUGUCGGAUGAAGCUUGUAAAUUUUCCACUUGAUUCCCAAAACUGUCCAAUGCUGAUACAAAGUUCAUAUGUCACUGUGGACCACAGUGUCCUCCUGUAUCGGCCGCAGACAAGACUUGGCAUCACAGGUACAGCGCUGGAGUGGAUACGCUCAUACCCCUACAACCGUACAAUCUGUCAAGAUAGGUGAUGUGUCCUCAGCACCCAGGCAAAUUGUGUAUGGCGUUCCUCAAGGUUCGGUUCUUGGACCCAUGCUUUUCAGCCUAUACGUUCUGCCUACUGGAGAAAUUGUCAGGAACCAUGGACUUAAGUUCCACAUCUAUGCAGAUGACAAUCAGAUUUAUGUAUCCAUUAAACCUCAGGAAAGCAACUUGUGGUAUACAAAAACUGAAAUUGUGCAUGACAGAUAUUAGAACAUGGGUGAUAGUUGAUUACCUUAAACUUAACAACAACAAAACAGAGUUUAUACUUUUAGGGUCUAAGCAACAACUUCAAAAUUACAAUCUGAUCUUUCUCUCAUCAUUGGUAAUUACAAAGUAAAAACAUCUACCUCAGCCAGAAAUCUCGGUGUGAUUAUUAAGUCUAUUAUGACAGUUGACGAGCAUGUCAAAUCCAUGCCCAUCACAUCGGCACAAGUGAGACGAUUCGGGCCAUAUAUAACAUGACUAUUUUUAUUUAAUAAUUAAGCUUAUGGGAGACAAAAAAAAGGUCAUUUUAAUACCUUUUGACUAAUAUUUUACAAAUGUUUUGUUGAAAACAUGUUGUGUGUUAAAUACUAGUCAAACUGGAUGAACAGAAGUUUAUUAAUCUAAUUGCCAAAUAUUUCGUGAACAAAUCCCCUGAAAUGAUUUUGUCUAGGGCUUAAUUCGUAAUUUUGGUCAUUUGUUUUCAAGUGGUAUUUUUUGCGUUACCUACGAAUACAGUUUUCAAUGACUCUGUCAAUUUAUGUAAAUGCAACACAAGGUUAUGUUUUGUAUUACUUUUUACAGCAUUAAUAUGUAAAGUACUCGAAUGCAAUGGCGUUACAUAAUAUUUCUUACAAGUAAUAAUCUAAAACAAUGUUAGAAAAUCAAGGUCUGAUUUGGUAAAAGAAAACCACGUUACCUACAAAUACCAUUUAAUGUGUUGCCGUUUGCACAGAUGAACACAUUAGUGAAUGAUGUCCUAAGUUCAAGUGCAAAGGGCCACAAGGUAUACAUGUGCCACAUCUGAACGUUUUCUGUGCUGUUUUUACGAAGAUAUCACACAAAAUAACCGGUAUUCGUAGGUAAAUUUUAACUCCCAAAUGUUACCUACAAGUACCAACAACUGAUCACAUUCAAAUAAAUUGGUGGAAAGACAACACAUGACAUGUGUUCCAUUUAGAAGUUAUCGUAGAUGAGACCAGACAACAUCUUGGUGAUUAGUAAGUGUAAUUUGCAUUUUCUGUAAGAAUGUUAUAUAAAUAAACCCAUGUCACAAUAACAUAGGAUGCAUAUGACACUUGUUACAACUAACCAACUUUAAUUUUAGUGAGGUUUUAAGUCUUAAUAUUGUAACAAAAAGCCUCAGACUGCAAGUGGAAUUGACAUCGGGGCUCAAUUUGGCAAGACAUGGUGUCCCGCUGGGAUUUCCCCGGUUGUGGCUCACGGUAUUUGUACGUAACAUGUAUUCGUUGUUAACAAAAUGAAACAAAGAACACAAUACGCUACUAUAACAUAAUUUAUGCUGAAGAGAAUUAUAGCAGAUCAUAAGUAAACUGAUUAGGUACGCAGUACUGCAUAGUAAUAGAUUCAAAUGGCUACAUAACUGAGCGUUCAAUAAAAAUGUUCUAUUCAGGGAUGCACUGCAGUUCGUGGUUUAGACUUUAUUAUAGUGAUAUAAUGAAUUCUUUUUUAUUGAAAUGUCAGGAAACAAGUUGCUCUUGGUGAUAAAAGUAACAGUUUGCAUGAUAUCACGCGAUCAACGGUUGAUUCGUUGGUAACAUUUGUAUUCGUUGGUAACAUUCCAUAUUUGUAGGUAACAUCAGUCAGUGUGUUUGAAGUUGUAAGUCUUGUUCAGGGCUGUCACCGAUGCACUUGAGAACAUAGGAUAAUUGAGACUGUAGUAGAAGUAAGUUGCAUGUGUUUAGUAAUUAGAUUUGUCAAAGGUAUGUCGUAUUCGUAGGUAGCUCGUUUUUGUAGAUGAAACUUUCUGUCAAUGUCUAUCUAAUAGCAAUUGUCAUUGCAAAAUAUGG